UGCGAGCUCAACAGCACAACACAAAAACGUCAACAAACAUGGCGUACUCCGUAAAUGUCGCAAUUGAAGCGCCCAUUGAAAAUCAAAUACAGGAAAUUUCGUACGAUGGAACGGAAGUUUAUCAGCAACCGCUCUCUAUGUCAGAGAGUCUCUCCAAGCUUGCAGCGAAAAUUGAUUUUGGCAAAGGGCAAGAGGAGAAAGAAGAAAAGCCCAAUGAAAAGCAGGAAGAUGAGGCUGCUGCCAAAGACCCUGCUGCAUAUCAGUCAUCCUUGUGGCCUUGGGACUCGGUCAGAAACAAACUCAAAAAUGCACUGACAGAAGUAUGUGUACUGUCGGAUGUCCUGGCAAUUGCGAAAGAAAAGCGAUACCUUGUCUUGGAUCCUGUCCCGCAGGACCCUCCAGAAAUCAAGGCCAUGGUAACAGUAUAUGCGAGGAAAAAGGCUCUUGGUGGUGCAGCAGCAGUCCUUCUUACAGGAGCCGAAAGACUUCGUACAAGUCAGAGUGAGCUCGUUAGGAAUCGAAGUGUUCCUGAUUUUCAUUUAGAACUGUUACAGCUACGUAAGAAUUGGAGGCUCAAAAAGGUUGGGAACUCCAUCAUAGGAGAUGUUAGCUAUCGCACUGCUGGAUCCAAGUUUGCGCAAAGUGGUAUGUUUGAGGUUAGCAAAGCAGAGGAAGAUACUCCGUCCAACUGGAGUCCUCCACCACCACAGUCCCCCAAUGCAGGCCCUGCCCCUCCUAAGACUCCCUCUGCUCUGAGAGUAACACUUCCCAGUGAACUUCAGGGUGUUGCAUUCAUUGAAGUUCACUGCCGCAAAGAUGAUGAAGCCCUCUUUUCAACCACUGUAACAUCUGCAAGCUUGAACACAGCUGGUCCUAUGCCUGAUAUGCAUUGGCAGAAAAAGCUUGAAGCUGCACAGAAUGUUUUGUUUUGCAAGGAACUUUUUAACCAGCUUGCCAAAGAGGCUGUUCAACUUCCUGGUCCUAUUCCGCACAUGGUUGUAGGAAAUCAGAUUGUUGCUUCGAUAUUGCCUGGUAUUCAACUUAUCAUUGGACUUCGGCAUAGCACCUCAUCUAAUAGCAAGAAGUCAUCUGGUCCUCCUCAGCAGAAGAAGUCUGAUCAUGAUCACGUGCUUGAACAUUCCAUUCAUCAGUUGCUAAGAGAAGUGCACCAUAAAAACACUCAUCAUCCUUUCCCCCACCCUUCAUCUGGUCCUCUAGGUCCCAGCAAGCAGCGUUGCUUAGCAGGACCAACUGCUGUAGACCGGCAUGAGUUGACAGAAAUGUCAAAAAGUCAAACAUUACUUGAGCAAAUAAUAGAGCAAACUCAGCACUUCACUAUGAGAAGACGUACAGAAUAUGUUCUAGACACAAUUGCCAAAGAAGUGAGAGAUCCGUUGAUUGUCUCCCAUUGGAAUUCAAUCAACUCUCCCACAAAAGCAUGCGUUAAAGUCAACAUCUUGACUCAUGGAUAUGAUACGAUAUGCCGUACUCUUUUGACCAUUCACGUGGGGAAGAAAUCUCUGAAGUGUAUAUGCAGGGAUGGCAGUGUCAUGAACAUGUCGUAUGAAAUCCAGGAAUUAAGAGAUCUACUUAUCUGCCAGAUUCACCAACACCAGAUUACAGCUGUUCAAGCUCUUGCCAAAUGCAUGGGCUGGCAGUUGCUGUCCAACAGCAUGCAUCUUGGUGUAGGCGAGGUCCAGCAAAUGGGUAAUGCCAGCAGCUGCAUCCUUGCAUCACCAAUCGGAGAUCGUCUAAUCGCAGUUCGUUGCGAACCUCAAGCUGGAGUACAUGUGUCUAUUGCUCACUCCCCUCGGAAAGAUUUUUUCCCAAGUCAGCUUGUGAAGGAGCGGAAAUGGGAAAACUUGGGUGGUAGUUACAAAGAAGUUCGAUGGGAUAAGAUGGAGGGAAAGAAUUUCUUGAACAAAAUGGAGUUGUUAAUGGCAAGUCUCACUAGUUCAUCUUGAUAUUCGAAAAUAUCGAAUAGGAAAUGUGUAUCAUAAAAUCUAGGUAUAUCAUAAAAUAUUUAUGCCCGAUUUUUUCUUAUUAUUACAUUUAUUUAGAUGUGACUGUGAAACUAUAUGUCUGUAUAUUUUGUACUUAAACAUGUGAAUAUUUUAAAUUGUUAUUCAAUGAAAGGUUUUGUAGAGUUCUUUUUCUUUCUUUUUUUAUUGCCCACUUGCUUGUACUGUAAAAAACACAUUAGCUCUUAAAGUACCUGCUCUGGGAAAGGGUGUCCUCAGUAACUCAAGAGAGUGGGACCGCACUUUCCCUACCUCAGAUAUUCAGAGAAAUACACCUAGAUGUACUUGA